AUGAAGCUGUACAACGAAACAGUCCGUUCGACGAUUAGUGAACUGGAUAGCUCAAGGCCGUUUUUGUUAUCCAGCCCAACUAAUGGGAUUGAAUCCGAAAAAGAAGGAGGCGUUGCGCAGAAUCCCGGUGACGAGCUGUUUGGUGAUAUUCAUUUUUACAAUGAACAUGCAAAUUUGUGGGCAGAUAAUACGUACAUGGUACCGCGUUGCUCAUCCGAAUAUGGUGUACAGUCAUUCCCGAGAAAAGAAACGAUGCUGAAAUGGUUGAAUGGAACGGAUUGGGGUUACACAAGCGAGCAAAUGAAACGGCGACAGCACCAUCCUGGCGGAUAUUACGCUCAAUUAGCAAUGAUUUUCUCACAUUUUAAAAUUCCGAGUGAAUGUGGUGGAGUGAUAGAUGCUGAAUGCAAAUACGUGAAGAAGCCUGCCUUCAUGGAUCGCUUCGUGUACUUAUCCCAAUUUCAUCAAGCGAUUACUUACCAAGUACAAACAGAACAUUAUCGCAGAUGGCGUGGACGAUUGGAUCAGUACGGUAAAGGUCACACGAUGUGUGCUCUGUACUGGCAAUUGAACGACCUUUGGGCAGCUCCAACUUGGUCCACUAUCGACUACGAGCUCUCGUGGAAACCUGCACAUUAUUUUGCACGACGAUUUUUUGCGCCUGUAAUCCUUUCCAUGUAUCUGUCAGAAACUCGGUUGCUGCAAAUGUUCGUCGUAUCAGACUUGGUCGAACCAAUUUUCAAUGCAACAGUGGUCCUGGAAAUGUUUUCAUGGUUUGAUAGUUUCACCCCAAUUUACUCAGUCAACAAAACUAUAACAAUUCCACCAGAAAUCUCUACUGAAAUUGUUAUGGAUCAGGCAACUAAACACAUGUUAAGAGAUAAGAACAGUGCAACAUAUGUACUGCGCGGAAAAAUACUGUCGCGUAAUGGUGCGCAAAUUGGUUAUGAUGCUGUUUAUUUGCCUGACAAGCUUUUCAAGGUGGCAGAGGAGAACUUCGGGAGCGCUUGGGUGGAGAAACUGAAAAAAAUUAACGAUAGCAGUUAUGAGCUUGAAAUAAGGGCUGAAAAAAUAGCGCCACUUGUUUAUAUGGAAUUGCCACUGGGCCUGUAUGGUUGGUUCUCGGACAAUGCUUUCAUGAUGACUGAGCCACGAAGGACAGUAACGCUCACGCUUCUCAGGAUACCCACAUUCCAGCUUUCUAAGCAAGAUAUUGCUAUUUGCUCAUUACGUAACUGCGGUAUGCUGAACAACGCAACGUUCGGAAGUAACUAA